ACUAAAAAAAAAAAAAAAUUCAAAUUAAGAAGCGGAAAUCUGCCACCAACGGUCUUCAUUUUCAAAAUCGCCCUUCACUUUGCAUGAUUUCUCGCCACUGCUUACGCGAAUCAUCUUCCAUUUCAAUGGCUGCCGAAAUUUUUGAACUUCACACACCUGCUAGAUCCACAAACCACUGUGCAAUCUCCAAGGUCAGAGUGGUUGCUAGGGUUCGUCCAUUUCUCCCUCAAGAAGUUUCAGUCAAAAGUUCUAGGGUUCCAAUUUCAUGCAUUUCUGUCGUGGAUCAAGGUCGCAUCUCUCAGGAGGAGGUCACCGUUCAUCUCAAAGAUCCGGAAACCAGUCGAAACGAGUGCUAUCAAUUGGACUCAUUUUUUGGCCAAGAAGAUCAUACGGUGAGGCAGAUAUUCGAUAAAGAAGUUAAUCCAUUGAUUCCUGGACUCUUCCAUGGAUGCAACGCUACUGUGUUUGCUUAUGGGGCUACUGGCAGUGGAAAGACCUACACAAUGCAGGGUACUGAAGAGGAACCAGGUUUAAUGCCGCUAGCCAUGCUUAGAAUUUUAUCACUUUGUGAUGAAACUGGGUGUAGAGCAGAGAUGUCAUACUAUGAAGUGUACUUGGAAAGAUGUCAUGAUCUUCUGGAACCCAAAGCUAAAGAAAUUGUAAUUAUGGAUGAUAAAGAAGGCCAAAUUCAUCUUAGGGGAUUGUCUAAGAUUGGUGUAAAUUCCAUGUCUGAAUUCCGGGAGACAUUGGCUCUUGGAGUUCAGAGGCGGAAAGUUGCUGAUACUGAUCUUAAUGAAGUCUCGAGUAGAAGUCAUGGGGUUCUUGUAAUUACAGUUUCAUCACCCGUGUGUGGUGAUUCUGGGGCUUCUGUUACAGGGAAGCUCAAUCUCAUAGAUUUGGCAGGUAAUGAAGAUAACAGGAGGACUGGCAAUGAAGGGAUUCGCCUUCAAGAGAGUGCAAAAAUCAACCAGUCUUUGUUUGCGCUUUCAAAUGUGAUAUAUGCAUUAAACAAGAACCUUGCCCGAGUACCUUACAGAGAAAGCAAAUUGACUCGCAUAUUGCAGGAUUCUCUUGGUGGAACAAGCCGUGCUUUGAUGAUAGCUUGCCUGAAUCCUGGAGCAUAUCAGGAGUCUGUCCAUACAGUCAGCUUAGCAGCUCGAUCGCGUCAAAUUUCAAAUUUUGUUUUGCCGGUCCAUAAACAGGGAACUCCACAAGCUAAAGUUGACAUGGAAUCGAAGCUACAAGCUUGGCUUGAAUCAAAAGGCAAGACCAAGAGUGCACAAAGAAUUAGAGGGAUUGGUUCUCCAUUUUCUAGUAAAACACCUUGUUCUACUGCUUCGAAAUUGAGAAAACCUCUCUUCAGCAGUUCUGCCAAAGUUAAGAAAACUGCCAACCAGAGUGCUUGUAAACAAGAAAAAGAAAGGACUGUAACUGUUGCUUUCGGAAACUUGGUUGAAAAUGAAGAUGUAGUUAAUUCUAUCACAACCAAAGAUCACGAUGCAGUAGUCAAGGUGAAAUUUAAUAGUCCAAGAAAGGCUCUGUCACCACUCUACAACAAUGGAAUCCAAAUGCCUAUGCUGGAACUUUCGUUUACUGACCAAUUAUUAACUGCAAGUACUCCAAAAACACCGUUCCCUGCAAAUGAGGAGCUUGAAUCUUUUGGGACCCCAUUAGAUAAGUUUGGUGCUCAAGUAUCAAUCCUGAAGAGUUGCGUUGCACAAAAAUAUGUGGAUUUCUUGAAUACAGCAAGCAGAGAGGAACUAGUAGAAUUGAAGGGCAUUGGAGUGAAAAUGGCAGAGUACAUUCUCGAUCUCAGAGAAACUAGUCCAUUGAAAUCGCUCACUGACUUGAAGAAACUAGGACUCUCAUCCAAGCAGAUUCACAAUUUAUUCAGCAAAGCUGCAAGGGGGAUAUUUGAUAGAAUAGAAGAUUUGGGGGCUCCCCCUUGCCCAGAAGCUUCAUUAUCCAACCAAUAAUGAAGGAUGAUGUAAUAAUGUAUUGGGAAAAGUGCCAUAGCAACAUCCUCCAAGUUGCUGUAUGUUAAAUUAUUGUACCGAGUAGAGAAAACUGUCUGAUUUAGGAUUUUGCCUGGUCGGCGUGAUGGGCUUCCUUGCUGUUCUAUAGCUCUAUCUGUAUCAUUUUUUUAACUAAAAUAUCCAUUUGUAACUUUAAACUUGUGGCUAAUGUAAUCUAAAUAUGAUUAAUUAGAAAAUUGCACAGAAAAUCCAUUUUAAAAGCCCAAAAUGGUAAAAGGAUCCAGAUUUUAGAAGAAAAUGUCAAAUGCCUCUUUGUUUA